AAUUGAACCUGGACACCCUAAAUUUACGCGUAUAAAUAAACCGGAGAUCAAGGAGAGACCGUACCACAAACCAAAUCAGCCAAUAAACCAAAAUCUUUCUUUCAUAUAUUGAAAAUGGCGCCAAGCAUUGCGGUUCCGGCGGUGCAAAACCACCGGUCUGCGGCGGCGAAGACAAUGGCGGAGGAGGAGGUGUUGAGAAGGAGGAAUGAGGAACUAGAGAGAGAAUUGAAAAGGAGUCUAGAGAGAGAAGAGAAGAUGAAGAUGGAGCUGCAGAAGACGUGGGAGCGGCUGCGCGUGGCGGAGGACGCGGAGGAGCGUCUGUGUUCGCAGCUGGGAGAGCUUGAAGCUGAGGCCGUGGAUCAGGCGCGUGCAUACAGAGAGCGUCUGGUUAUGUUGAUGGAACAGCUUUCGGCUGCUCAGAAGAUUAUUGAAUCGGCUUCUGUUUAGAGACCAUGAAUAUGUUCUUGAAUUGUUAAGAGAAAAUAUAGACGUUGUAAAUUGAAUUACAAAUAACAUGUAUAUUGAUUUGAACAUUUGUUCUUGAAAUUUUGUUUGUGAUGGAGUAA